AAUUAAAAUAAUAAUAAAGGCAUCCAGCAUGAAACACCAAGCCAGCUGGCAGACAGCACAAAGGAUAUCAAGCAGAAAUAGCAAAUACAUCUGGUGUCACCCAGAGGCAAAGCUAAGGAAGGUUUUUGUGGGGAAUGUUUUCUGGAAAAGGGAAUUUGGAACACUGUAAGAAUGGUUGUGGCAGGUGACCCAGUGCCAUGUCCUAUCUCUACAUGGCAGUUGCCUGAGAAAAAUGCAAGAACACCAUUCCCAUUAGGCAAUCUAUUCCCAGGACACCACCCCAGAAUCCUGAGGCUUGUGACUCUGGGACUUCAGUGACAGACUUCUCAGCGGGAGUGUGUGUGUGUACAUUCGAUACAACUCUUAAGUUUACAUCAAUGCCCUCUACUUUUUUUGCAUGGGGACAGCAAGUGAAUCUAAAUCUGCCUUCUCCAGACCAUUUGGGAUUUUACAGACCUUACCAAAGCUCUCUCUCUUGCUUUCAGACUGAUGGUUCAUGCUCUUUAUCUGUUCCAGGUACAGAAGAAAAUUUGCACUGUGGAUGUUGUCACUUUCUCCUGAGCCUCUUCCAAGUCUUUUGAUGACCUGAACUGCAAAGAACAUUCACAGAUUUAUAGUAGCUUCUUUCCUUUUUGCUUCAUCUCCUGUCCUGGAAACUCAUGGGCUUGCUUUUCUUAUGGUGCUGAACACUUCACAGGACUAUCUCUCUCAAGGUUUUGUUCCUGAGUGAUAUUGUUGAGCUCAGAGUAGAUAAUCGUGUAUAUAUGAAGUAAAUAGGUGUGUGUAUAUAUAUGUAUGUGUGUCUAUAUAUAAAUUCUCCACAGUUUCUUAUUUUCUUUGCUAGCCUGAAUGACUAUUAUUACCAAACACAUCACUUUUCUCUCCUUUCUAGGUGAUUUGUGGCAAUAAAGAGCAAGCACUUGCAUACGCUACAGAAAUCCACUGGAUCUGCCCUGCUGUAGAAACAAACCAGUCAUGUUUCUACCACUUGACUUUCUCAGUUCACUAAGUAUAGAGGUGGCAGCAGGAGGCUGGGGUGUCUUCUCUUAGUUACUUAAUAGCUUUCAAGGUGAGGACUCUACCAGGAAGUCCUGGUAGACUCAAGGAGAUGGAUCUCUGCUGAACAUAUGUUUACUUCUCCAAAGCUUUCCCAUGCCUCUGUGAAGCCAAGGGAGCAGCCUCCUUCCAGCAUGCUGUCUGUACACUGAUGGGGGUGUAUCAGAAAUAAGUGACUGUGCUCUGUUUUGUUUCAGAGAAACAAAACCUUAAACCUGGUGAGUUGCUCUAUUCACAAAAAGUUUCUGAGAUCUCACCAAGAUGUUCAGUUACUUACAGAUAAUUCUUCCUUAGUUUAUUUGUGUCUCUGUUUAGUAAGCCACCGAUCACAUUGAUACUUAGAAAAAAAAUGACCUUCUGUAAACUGCAGAAGAUAUUUGAUGGGUGAAACACACUGUGCUCCUGUUUCCAGCCCGAUGGUGCAGUGGCCCUCAGCUGUCAUUCCCAGAACAGGUGCUGUAAAUCAACACCCUGGUGGAUAUAUUCUGGCAGCACCCUGGUGAGGCAGCACAGCCCCCUCUGAAGAGACCUCAGAAGUGCUUUGUGCGUGUCUCCUUAUGAGUGCAGCAAGAGGAUGAUGAAGGUCCAUUGUGUACUACUCCUCCUCAUCUCCUCAGCUGGGCUGGCCCGGGGCUAUGAGGACGAGACUCGCCUGGUGGAGGACCUGUUCAGUAACUACAACAAGGUGGUGCGGCCCGUGGAGGACCAUCGGGACGCCGUCGUUGUCACCGUGGGGCUGCAGCUCAUCCAGCUCAUCAGCGUGGAUGAAGUAAAUCAGAUUGUGACAACCAACGUACGCUUGAAACAGCAAUGGACAGACGUCAACCUCAGAUGGAAUCCAGAUGACUACGGUGGUGUAAAAAAAAUCCGCAUCCCCUCAGAUGAUAUCUGGCGGCCAGACCUUGUUCUUUACAACAAUGCAGACGGUGAUUUUGCCAUUGUAAAAUACACCAAAGUCCUCCUGGAGCACACAGGUCUGAUCACCUGGACACCACCAGCUAUUUUUAAGAGUUACUGUGAAAUUAUAGUCACGCACUUCCCAUUUGACCAGCAGAACUGCAGUAUGAAGUUGGGAACUUGGACAUACGAUGGUACAAUGGUUGUUAUUAACCCGGAGAGCGAUCGCCCUGAUCUGAGUAACUUCAUGGAGAGUGGGGAGUGGGUGAUGAAGGAUUACCGAGGCUGGAAGCACUGGGUUUACUACGCUUGCUGCCCUGACACCCCUUACCUGGACAUCACCUACCACUUCCUCAUGCAACGCCUGCCUCUCUACUUCAUUGUGAACGUCAUCAUCCCCUGCCUGCUCUUCUCCUUUUUAACAGGGUUAGUUUUUUACCUACCCACAGAUUCAGGUGAGAAAAUGACCCUCAGCAUCUCUGUCCUGCUGUCUUUGACUGUGUUCCUGCUGGUCAUCGUGGAGCUGAUUCCCUCCACCUCCAGCGCAGUGCCUCUGAUUGGCAAGUACAUGCUGUUUACCAUGGUGUUUGUCAUCGCCUCGAUCAUCAUCACCGUCAUCGUCAUCAACACCCACCACCGCUCCCCGAGCACGCACACCAUGCCCCACUGGGUCAGGAAGAUCUUUAUUGACACAAUCCCAAACGUCAUGUUUUUCUCUACAAUGAAACGACCAUCAAGAGACAAACAAGACAAAAAUAUUUUUGCGGAAGAUAUUGACAUUUCUGACAUUUCUGGAAAGUCAGGUUCUAUGCCUGUCAACUUCUACUCCCCGCUUACCAAAAAUCCAGACGUGAAAAACGCUAUAGAGGGAAUCAAAUACAUUGCAGAAACUAUGAAAUCGGACCAAGAAGCCAGUAAUGCUGCAGAAGAAUGGAAGUUUGUUGCAAUGGUGCUUGAUCAUCUCCUCCUUGGCAUAUUUAUGCUAGUUUGUUUUAUAGGAACAUUAGCUGUAUUUGCUGGUCGCCUUAUUGAAUUAAAUCAGCAAGGAUGAAUGUCAGAUGGAAACUAUUUGCUACCCUGAACAUCUGAAAGCAUCCUAACCAUCAAAAUCUGGCCAGUCUCUGAAAGGUUCACUGACAGGAAUCAGUAACAGCUGGGAAAGAACAAGGAUAAUAAAACGUAAGGCUCCAUACGUCACACUUCUGAGCUGCUACUCAGUAGCAUUUAAUUGCAAAAAGAAACACUUGCAUUACUGGUAACUUGAAUGGCUGUCAGCCAAGUUUUGAUCAAUUUCACCCUUUAUUAAAAAUGUUAAUGUAUUAAUAAGACUGUCUGAGUUUGUAAGCAACACAUACUAUUCCAGUGAAGUCAUUAGCAAUGUAAUAAGCUUUAGCUGAGCUGUAAAUCUGUAUCCAACUUUGGCAUUCGAGACGGUUUUAAUAUCUGCUCUGUGGCUUUUGUAUUAGCAAGGUCACUCCUCUGAUAAAACUAGAUAGAAAUAUCUUGAGCUCCAUGCUUAAGCACUUGAUUUUCGGUGUGCAGCAGAGGGUGAGAUCCAGCCCGGCUCCCGCCGGGGCGGUGCGGGCUCGGCCGUGCGGGACCCGGCCGGCAGCGCUCCUCCCGCCGCAGCCUCAGCCCCGGCCCGGCCCUGCUCAAAAGUUGAGCAGCAGCUCGCUCUGCUGGCUAAAGCAAAGCAGUGCUGCCUCUGCCCAGCACCGCCAGGCUUUGUUUACUCCGCAUUCGACGGAAGCAAGAAGCCUCUCUGCGUUCAAGUAAUGCCGUGCGGCCAUACCAGCAGCGCUGCCUCUUCUUCUCAAAAAUAAAUAAGGAUAGGUGGGGCAGCUGCGACAAGUUACUCAUCUUUUCCAGCUGGUUGGCCAAGCUAACAACACUACUUUGCUAACAGCUGUAAACAAUUUGCUGUGAGUUUAGUAAAAUAAUUCGUGUUAUGUUAAAACGUGUCAUGCCUGCAGAGGACAGGCAUUUGAAGCACUAUAGGGAAAAUGAGGCACUUGGGCAACGCUCCCAGCAUUGCGUAGUGUUUGCUGGACAAUGUUUUGGUGAGCUGCAGUCCUAAGCAAACAGUUUGUCUGGGGUGAUAGAUCACUUGUAGCACUCUGCUCCACUCUUACGGUUUAAAGGAUGGUAAUCUUUGCCUCCCUGGAUGAUCAUUAACCCUGUGAGCAAAGGCCGAAGAUGUAUUGCUGGGAGCCACCUCUGCUGCCAGAGGGAAUGUGCACCGCAGCCGGCUUUAUCUCCGGUGGGAGUUCCCAGCUCCAAGCCCCGGGGGGAGUCAGCAGCUCCCUGCUCACUCUGAGCUAAGCUGCACACUAACGGUGCCUCGAACUUGAGAGCUUCUGACUGGGACCGAAAUUGACAGAACAAUCCUCUUAGAGCAGCAUGUGAUUGAAUCUUAGCAUUAAAAAUAAACAUCAAGUAACAAGA